UAGUAGCAUAUCCCAUACCUGUGAUCACAACGUCAAUCAUGUUCUCGCAAGAGCUGCUCAUCUCCACAACACUCGUUCUGCUUCUUCCCAUAUACUACUUGUGCCUGAGGGCUGGCUGUAGAUCAAAUAACCCAGCGGUGAUCCCAACAACUGGCCAAUACUGCACAUGUUCCCUUCCUUCGUGGCCAACCUCCACAACUUGCAGGAUUAUUUCACCCUUGUCCUCGCUGGAUCAGGUCACAACUUCAGGGCGCACGGCCCUCCUGGAACCGGAAUGCAGUUCUUCGUCACAUGCGACCCUGCCAACAUCCGGCACAUCUUCACGACCAACUACACCAACUUUCCCAAGGGUGCGGAGUUCGCCGCGAUCUUCGACAUCAUGGGUGGCAGCAUCUUCACCAUCGACGGUGAGCCAGCCCGUCGACAGCGUGCGAAAAUCAAGGGCGUACUCAGCAGCCAGCGGUUGCUUGCAAGGAUGGAGGCUUGCUGCCGCGACAAGGUAGAGAACAUCCUCCUCCCGUUGUUUGCGCACAUGGCGAGCACCGACACUCCAUUCAACAUGCAAGAACUCAUGUCAAGGUUUAUGUUUGACAUGGCUGCUACUCCUCUCUUCGAUGUGGACCCUGGUCUCCUAUCUUGGGACAUGCCGCCCAUGGACGCUGCCGUUGCCAUGGACACGGUCAUGGAGGUGGCCUUAUUCCGAGUCAUGAUGCCAGCUUCUUGUUGGAGGUUGAUCAGGUGGCUAAACAUGGACCCUGAGAGGAAGCUCAAGGCAGCACACACGGUGCUAUGUGCCUUCGUCAUGGAGAUGAUGGAUAGGAGGAAGGUCAACACAUGUCGUGUUGGCAAUGACGAGGAACAAGAAGGUAUAGAUAUUUUUUCUUCCUUCCUCAACGACCCCGAUUAUGACGAUGAUGACUUGCUCCGUGCGAUGAUCAUUAGCUACAUGCUCGCUGCCAGGGACACAGUUGGAGCAACAUUGACAUGGAUUUUCUACAACCUUGCCCAACACCCUAAAAUUGUGUCAAUCAUCCGCAAAGAACUCUCACCCAUUGCAUCACGUAAAGUAGCGGCCGGUGUGGAUUCCAUGGUGAUCUUCGAGCCGAAUGAGACCAAAUCUCUGGUCUAUCUAAGAGCCGUCUUGUACGAGACUCUCAGGUUGUACCCAGCGGCGCCUCUUGAGCGCAAGGUAGUCGCCGCUGAUGAUAUCAUGCCGAGUGGCCAUGAGGUGCACACCGGCGACACCAUCUUUAUUUCUCUCCAUUCCAUGGGGAGAAUGCAGGGCAUAUGGGGUAAAGAUUGCCUGAACUACAAUCCAGAUAGGUGGUUCUCGGAGGAUGGCAACAAGCUAAGGUACAUACCAUCUCACAAGUUCUUGGCCUUCAACUCGGGCCCGAGGAUGUGCCUCGGGAAGGACAUCGCGGUUAUGCAGAUGAAGACAGUCAUCGCCUCAACAUUGUGGAACUUCGAUGUGGAGGUGAUGGAAGGGCAAAGCAUCCAGCCUAAGCCGUCUUGUAUACUGGAGAUGAAAAAUGGGCUUAUGGUUAAGCUGAAAAAGCGAGAAAUGUAACAUUAGACUCUCAUGUUAUGUAAACGUACUUAGUGGCCACUACGAAUGUUUUGUACUGCCCACAACCACAUUAUUGUCAAUAAUAAAGGCAUCCAUGAAUCAAAA